GGGCAAGUCGCACGGUACGACUUGAAUGAAAACGAGGCUGUGGCCGCCAUAUUCAUCAAAACAAUGCGGUUAUAGGACUUGGUUAAACGAUAGAAAGAAAAGAAUCGAGUCGUUAAACACUUGUGAUUGCAUAUACAAUCAAGGGAAAAGUUGAACUUAAGCCCUAAACUUUGCGGUCAGAGUAGUUUGUUUGUACCAGCAAUCAUCUUUUAGAGUGGAGCAACCAAAAUGUCGGGACUCGAAUCGAACGAGGUCGACGACGCCGAGAAUUUAAACCUCGAGCGAAAAGUUCCCACUAAAGAAGACAUCGGUGAUGCAGUGGAUAAGGUGGUUGGUGAAGUAAAUGGAGUGGACUCCAGUGGCUGUGAAGGACAGGAUGUGUUAGAUGGCAUGGAUCCACUGUUCACUAAAUCGCCCACUGCCCCAGAUAAAGAUGAAAAGAUGCUUUUAACAGAAGAACCCACAUCACCUCAAAUGAACCUGAUUGUGACUAAUGUUGUAUCACAUGCUGAAACCCCACCGAAUGAGGAGGAACUAUCUCCGCUCACAGAAGAGGAACAGAAUGAGGGUACUGAAAAGGAUAUGCAGACCCAAGAUGGCAAUUUGAAUGGUGUCAAUAAUGAGGUUUUUUCAGCUGCUGAACUAGAAAAAGCAGAAGAUGACAUAUCCAAAGAAAUGCAGGAGAACUUGCAGGAAGUGGAAUCAGAUUCUCAGAGUGAGGCGCAGGAAGUAUUGGAUGAGUCUAAAGAGCAGAGGGAAGAACCUGACAAUAGUCAAGAAGUAUCCUCUGAGACGUGUAAUGAAAGUAAUGCAGUGGAAGAAAGUUCAAAGUCAUCGGAGAGAGAUAUUUUACAAAAAGGUUGCAGCAGUAAUCCCUCGUCUCCGGUCAACAUCGAUCUAGGCAGUACAGAUUUGGAGGAGUUGCAAGAUACAGCAGUGGAGUCGGAGUUCCAGAAUUCAAACAUUUCAGAACAAGUUGAUGAAUCUGAUGCACAGGAUGGCGGUGUGGGAUCACUAACCAUAACCUCGGUGGGCACGUUACAUGGUGACAUUACAGACGAAAAUGCAAUUGAGGCAAUGGAGACCGAUCAUUCUGAUGAAGCAAUAAUUUCCAACUCAAACUCUGAAACUGCUACAGAAAAAACCGAAGAAAGCAUGGAAAUAACAGAAAAUGAAGAGAGCCUUUUGAAAGAGGAUGAUGAAGGAAAUUUUGGUCAAGAUAUGGAGGAGGUGGAUGAGGACAGCUUGUUGAAGGAGAAGGAAACAGAGGAUGAGGGAGCAGAUAAAGGUGACACUCAGCAAAUAGUGGAGGAGAAAUUAGGAGAGUGUGCACAAGACGAAGUUGUAAGCAGCUCUGAAAUAACAGAACCAUUGAAUGUGUCGUCUGACGUGGAACUAACAGAACCAUUGAAAGAGUCGUCUGACGUGGAACUAACAGAACCAUUGAAUGUGUCGUCUGAUGUGGAACGAACAGAACCAUUGAAGGUGUCAUCUAACGUGGAACUAACAGAACCAUUGAAGGUGUCGUCUGACGUGGAACUUAUAGAACCAUUGAAGGUGUCGUCUGACUUGAAACACACAGAAAGUAUUUCUACAGAACCAACUGGUGGAUUGGAGGGUUCAGGUAAAAUUGAGGAUGGUAAUUCCACAGCGAUCGAAAGUGAGAAACAAGAAAGUACAUCAGAUUCUACCAAGGCAGAGGAAGUCAUUAGAAUGGAAGCAGAUGUAGAACCAACAGAGAGCAAAGCAGAGGUGGAAAAAUCAGAGGUUACUGAAUCUGUUAAAUCUGAUGAGAAGAGUAACAUGACAGAAGAAAAGUCAACAGGGAAUCCUAAUUCUGCUUCUGUUGUUGAUCCUGUGUCAGGGGAGUUAACUGAAAGUACUGCUGAAAAUAAACAGGAGAAACCUAGUGAACCGCCUGUUGAGGACGUCGUCAUGAUUGAUGACAAAGAUGACAGCAAAGAGUCAAAGAAGGAAGAAAAGAAAAAAGAAAAUCCAGAUGAUUCUGAUGAUAUUUCCAUUGUGGGAGUCAGUCCAGCUACUAAGAAGCAGGCUCCUCCAUUGGCUGAGAGUGGAGGGCUAGGUUUGCAGAUUGCGUCAGUCAGUGGUAGUACAGAUAUUACAGUGGCAGCGAACAAGGAGAAGAAAGAGUCGCAGAAGGCUGAGGUACUUAGACAGCCUGUUGCUUCAAAACCAGAAGUUAAACCAGAGAAAAAAUCUCCUGCUGCUACUGCAUCCAAACCAGUCACAAAGACUCAGACCUGCAUAGUCUGCAGGAAGGUUGGGAAGUGUAAAUAUAACAUUGUACGUAAUGGUGAUGUGAAACAUCUGUGUGAUGAUGUUUGUUUCCAAAAGUUUCGGGCCAAUCCCACUCAGUUUCUUAGAGGCACAAAUGCAGCACCACCUCAAAACCGUGUGGAACCAAAGAGCGUUCCGUCCACAAACUCCCACAUUAACCAGGAGCAAUUCAAAACCUGCUCAGUGUGUCAACUCAUGAACAUCAAAACCUCAAAACCUUUCCUCAACUGGCAGGGAAUGGACUUCUGUGGUGAGGAUUGUCUGGGAAAAUUUCAGGCAUCUCUCAAUGCCUCAUGUACAAACUGUGGAAACAUGGUAACAGCUGUUGCCAAAGGAAAGUUCUGUCUGAAGUUCGCUAAUGAAGUUAAACAGUUCUGUUCUAACAACUGUUAUGUAGAAUUUAAGAAGAGACAGAAGUUGUGUGAAUGCUGUCAAAAAGACAUUUCUAAAUCUUCAGAUGCUUUCGUUGCACCUGUAGGAAAAGAGGGAACAUUCAAAGACUUCUGCAGUCAAUUAUGUUUACAAAAGUAUGAAGACAAAACUAAUUGUGAUGUAGAAAUAGUAGGGGUUGAGAAAGCGCAGAAGUCUAAAGUUUUACCAAAGGGAGAAUUCCCAUGUUCUGUGUGUAAAAAAACAUCCACUGUGAAGCAUGAAAUUCGCUUAGAAGGUAAAGUUCACCGACUGUGUAGUGAUCCGUGUUUCUCAGCUUUCCAGUAUGCCAACAAAUUGACAAUGAACUCGUGUGAUAAUUGUGGUACGUACAGCUACAGUGAUGGAGCUCCACAGUUUAUCCAGUUUGAAGGGCAGCAAAAACGAUUCUGCAGCUACGUGUGUGUCAACAAGUUCAAAUCCGACAAGAAGAAAGUUGUUGCUUGUGCUUGGUGCAAUUCUAAGAAGGGUAACUUUGAUAUGAUUGAACGAGUUGAUGCCAAUAACAAGUAUCAGUUGUUCUGUUCCCUGAACUGUUUGUCUCUGUACCGUGUCAACCUUCAGGCAACUUCUAACCAGGCGGUGGUUUGCGACCAUUGUCGGAAGUUCGUUCCUGCCCAGUAUCACUUGACUAUGAGUGAUGCCUCUGUCCGAAACUUUUGUUCCUACCAGUGCGUGAUGGCCUUCCAGUCGCAGUUUGCUGCAGCAGGCAAUAAACAGGCAGCUACUACCACUAAUCAGCAACAACAGCCACCAAAAUCGCAAAAACCAGCACCUCCGCCACAACUGAAUUCCACAAAUGUCACAAGGAACAUAAAUGCACCUGUCACACGGAACACGGCCAGAGGUAACCCUGUUAGAGCCCCACCUUCUAAGCAGCCACCAGCAUCAAAACAGCUAUCCCAGAGAGCAGUCCAAGGAACCAAUCCAGUUAUCUCUAAUGUUGUGUCUUUAGCUCCAAAAGGAAAUCAACAGAGUGGUCUGAAAUCAGUGAGCAGUGCUCCAGCAUCCAAUCAAACUCAAACAAAGACAACUCAGAUUCAGGUUCAACAACAAAUAGUCAUCCAGCCUCCUUGGCCUAAAAACAUGAAGAACAAAUCUUUGAUGUGCAAACCAUUUCUUCAGACCAAGGCUACCUCCUGUAAACCCCACACACAAACCAUGGGGACACAGACAGAAAAAUCAGAGCCAAAGAAGGUGAUCAUCCCUAUACCAAUACCAUUCUAUGUUCCGGUUCCCAUGACAAUGUAUGCACAGCCAACGCCUGUCCCAUUUCCACUUCCUGUUCCAAUACCGGUGCCAAGUUUUAUCCCAACCACAAAAAAGUCUGCUGAAGGAAUUCUGAAACAUAUCAAGGAAAUCCGGGAGAAAAUCCCUAGUGACCCACUGGAAGCAGAGCUGCUGAUGAUGGCUGAAGCUGUUGCUGGAGGAGACAAUGAAUCUGACUCUGAAUCAGAGAAAGAGACUGAACCAGAACCGAAAAAAAAGCCUAGCUGCAAAUCGCCAACUCCAACUCCCAAAUCUACUGUGCCUGCUGAAACAAAUGUCAAUGGGACCCCAGCAGAGAGUAAUGGGGAACUGGGAGAGGAUAUGCUUCAGAUGGCACUAAGAAUGGCAUCAGAAAUGUCUGAACCAGUCAUGGAUCUGGAGAAUUCUAUUGAGCCGGUCCCAGUUAAUACAGAGCCUCCACCACCUCCUCCAAAACCAGCCCCUGAACAAUCUCAAGAGGAGGAAGAAGAAGAGCUUUACAUCCCAAGGGAAACUAGGUCAGGACGAGCCUCCACAAAACGGUCCUCAAGGGGAGGUGGGAACAAACGAAGAAACAAACGCCAAAAGGUCAACCACCAAACGGAAACGCCCAUGGAAGAUUCGGUGACUGAACAACCAGAACCAGAGGUGCAGGAGCCGGCACCGGAUGCCAACAUGUAUCUUAAAUUCACUUACGGUGUUAACGCUUGGAAACACUGGGUGGUGCAGAAAAAUGCCCAAUUGGAGAAGGUAUCCAAGCAGGGCUCAGGGAAGCUUAAGAUGUUUAAAACGGACAUGAUGGGUUGUACUGCUGAUGAACUGAAUUACUCUCUGUGUUUGUUUGUAAAAGAGGUUAGAAAACCUAAUGGGGAGGAGUAUGCACCAGACAGUAUAUUCUACCUAUGUCUAGGAAUUCAGCAGUAUUUGUUUGAGAAUGGCAGAAUUGACAAUAUCUUCACAGACAUGUAUUACGAAAAGUUUACGGAGUGUUUAAAUGAGCUGCUUAUUCAUUACCAGCCCAAGGUUAAUGCUGCAGGUCAGCUGGUCUGUCGAAUUGAAGAGGAGCACCUUUGGGAAUCCAAACAGCUAGGUGCCCACUCCCCACAUGUUUUACUGAACACACUUGUCUACUUCAACACGAAAUACUUCAUGCUUCACUCAGCUGAGGACCACCUGAAACUCUCCUUCACACAUAUAAUGAAGCACUGGAAGAAAUCACUGCCUGGGAAGGGCAACUCUUCUGGACGGAGUGUAUUCCUCCGAUACUACUGUCCCACACCACUUAAAACUUCUAAUGAUACUCAGAAAGUCAAGAAGAAAGAAGAACUGCCUAUCUAUGAACAAGCAGAGAAUAUAGACAAUCCUCUCAGGUGUCCAGUCAAGUUGUACGAGUUUUAUCUCUCCAAAUGGCCUAGUGAUUAUAGAAAAUAUUUGAUGAAGUUUGAAGAUAGCUUAAUUCUUAGGGCAGAUAACUGCCCUGAGAGCAUCAAGAACCGGAGUGAUGCAUUUUAUCUGGUCCCUGAGCGAUCCUGUGUUCCUGAUAGCCCAGUGUGGUACUCCACGCAGAAUCUGUCAACAGAGGCCAUGAACAAAAUGUUACACAGAAUCCGAUUGGUGAGAGAAAUUCAGGAAGCCAAGUUUCAUACACAACCAGUGUUUGCAUCAAACUGAGGUGAUGAAAGUAUCUGUAAAAUGGUGAAGACAUCCUGAUGUCUUUUUGAAAGGUGCUUAUUUCUGUAUACAGGUGUUAUGUGAUGAUUGAAGGUUGGUUUUACAUGAGUGUUCACAGGAAAGACAUAAAAUCAAACUGCACUGGACUAAUGUCAAGGUUUGGUUUCAAUGCACUGGGCCUGCUUUGUACGUGUACAGAGGUUCAUUAAAUGCAACAGUGGUAUACACAUUUGAUAAUUGAUCAAGAAUAUCAAACUGCAACUUAGAUUGUAAAUCUCUCACAGUGUGACAUUUUCUUUCCCAAUUUUAUUGAGAGUUCAGGUUCAUGUUGUCAAACAGUAAUUCAUUAAUGUUUAGAAAUAGCCUGAAAGCUUGCUACAAUACAUAUGCAUUAUUCUUCCUUAUAUCUUUGUGCUGAGGCUAAAUUUUUUAGAGCUUUUUUUGUGCAUUUUUCUUUCAAAAUUUGAAUUUAUGGACAUUUUGUGAAAUGUUUUUGUACAAGCAUAUACAUGUAUAUUGAUGGUGAAUCAUGUUGCUGCUCAUUUUAUGUAUAUAAUAUUCAAAAGUUUUGUGUAUAUAUAAGAAUUUACAUUUUAUAUACAUAUGAGAUUGUACAUGUAUGAAUAUGGUAAAUUUGUAGGGGCGCAAUCUGUGACGAGAGAGAUAUAGUAGAUGUGUAAACCGAAACAAUAAAAACAUGUAAAUGAAAAAUUACUG